AACUCUGUUCUUGAAAUACAAAACCUGGCAGAAGAACCACAACAACACUUGACAGUUAGAUUAACAUCUGUCAACUUUAUAACGACAAAAAUUUUCCGUAAAAAUAUUUGUAAACAAAUGUGAAAAGUUUAUAAAAAUUGCGCUAGUCGUAUUGGACAAAGAAUCAAUCCAAGACACUCAUAUUCCUAUAAAUUUUGAACUUCUAAAGUCACCAGUGAGACAAAGAUGCAAAAAUCCAUUGAUAUAAUGAUAAAAUAAGAAAUGAAAGAGAGCAAAGGAGUUUAUGUAACUAAGCACAAUAUAAAAGAGGACCAGUUGAACAGAAAUUACCAAUUGUAUACCAGUAAAAUCACAAGAGAUUAUAGAUACCAAACUAGUACUAGAGACGCUGGUGUCCAGUAUAAUUAUAGAAGGGACAAUGUCAUAUGCACAUGCAGGAAUAUAUCUGGCUUGAGAAGGCAUCAAGAAGUGCGGUACUUUAGUGGACUUCCAAAACAGAUAUACGCGUACCAUGGUUCAAGGAGUUUUACAGAUAUAGGAGUGGGAAGUGUGAAAGCUUUUCAGAGGAAGAAAGUGAAGAGGAUUUACUUGCCUGAGACCGACGAUCGGGGGGUAGGAAGCUCUGAUUUGUCAUCGUUUAUCAGUCGAAGAACCAGGUACUACCGAAGUAGUUUCUACGAUCACAAAAAAACAUCAUCGAAAUGCGUGGGAGGUGUAAUCGAAGGCAACACUGAUGUCCUCAACGAGAAACUAUCGCCGAUAGUACACACCAAAUCUGGCACAACUAGUCCUAGCAUACCUUCGGUGGAAGAGAAGAAAAAUGUUGAGAUCGGCAGUAAUACCCACGAAAAGAGCUUCGUGACAACGUCAACUCAGAUACAAGAUGGGGAUGUCCAGAAAGAAGAAGACAUUAAAGAAGUAAUUGAAGUCAUUGUAGAACAAAACCAAACAAAAGACAUUUCUAGAAAAAGCACUAAAGAGAAAAAAUCGAAAGAAGGAAUCGCGACUUCAACUGAAGAACCACAUGCGAAGCGCAUAAGCAAAAGGGCACAGGAAGCCGAAAGGGUCUUUUCUUCAGAUUCUCUUGUCCAACACGUUCAUGAUUUGGAACACCCGAGCGAGGAUAAGCAAGCAAGUCCUAUGUUCAUAGAUCCUAUGGAAAACAAACUUGAACGUGAAUACAGAAAAAUGUUUAGCACGAAAUCUAAAGAAUCAAAAGAACAAAAGCCUAGUACAGAAGAAAAACCUGAAGCGGAAAUGAAAAGCACUUCUGUAUUGCGACGUCGUUUCGAAGCACUGAGAAGGGGACUUGCCAAGAAGGAGGAUUCGAAGAAAAAUGCAGUUUUGGCUAAUAAAGAUUCCAGUAACGUUAGCGCACCCAGUCACAGAGAUGUUUCUAUUGCCUCCGAUCCUCCGUCAUUAGAAGCAAGGUCUUAUUCUAAUACCAAAGUUUACAGCCCGUUUCAAAAUGCAGAUCAAGACAAGGCGUCAACUUCCAAAAUGUAUAAGAAGUCUUUUAUAGGAAGGAAAGAUUGGACAAGACCUGAGGAUUAUGAUAGCGAAUGCCAAGGUGUAAAAGGCAUGUUCAAACUGUGGGGAAAGAAAUUCAAUUUAGACGACGAAGAUUCUUCCCCCGGACCUUCUAUGGAUGUGUCGAAAAAACCGAAAGACAAAAUUCCAGCAACCGAAAGCGAGAGUAAGAAGGAAGGGAAAAAGUUUUUCUUCUUCAAGAAGAAAAGCAAAGAUAAAACUAAGCAACCUUACAAGCAGAAGAAAGGUGUAACAGCUGGUCGUUGCGAAGUCGGCGAUGGACUGAUGAUCAAAAUUGGAGCAGCAAAUAGUCCACCGGCUGAGAAAGAGAGAAAAAAAGAAAUAAAGCAGAUUCCUGAAAACUACGAAGAGAUGCUGCGGAAAGCCUGGCUUCAACAAUUCCUAGCGCAAACCAUAGAUUCAAGACCGAGCGUCAAGAUAAGAUGGAACAACAGUGCUUACGCUACUAGCAGUAGCACCGUAUUUGAAAUCAUGGAAAACGUUUACAAAGAUACCGGAGUUGUUUUCAGAUCGAAAAGUGAAGUAACCACAGGUGAAUCGUCAUAUUACAAAUCUUUCACGAAACAGCAUGUCAAUUUUGUCCAAGAUAUAGAAGCGUGGAUGAUACCAAAAUUUAUUCCAGAUAAAGCUACGCCAAUCAGAAUUGGUAAAGACGAGAAAGGAGAUAAAAAAGACAACAUCGAAGUAAGAAUAUCGGAUCAGAAAUGGUUCAUAGACAAAUCGAAGGCGUUUGCUCAAAAAAUCGAAGUUGUCCUACAUUCUAAAAACCUUGUUCCACAUCAAAAAGAUCCCAGUUCUGAGUAUUUAAGGAUAGACAUUCCCAAAGGCUUCUUUACUGAUUCUAGCAGCGAUAGCACUGGUCCAAUGCACACUAGUAACGAAGAAGUUUAUAAAAUCGUAGAAUAUGAGUCACCUGAUGCAUCUAACAAUUUUCUUAGAAGAAACAGAAAUAUUGAAGUCGGAGAUCAUUUGAAUAAAGACAUCAAAGUAACAGUAAGUGUGAAGGAUAGCAAAGAAUUUGAAUCGAAUAUUCUAGAAACUGUUAUAAAGAGACCGCCAAUUCACAGGGAUGUGGUCAUACAAGGCAGUAAUGUGUAUAUUCCGAAAAGAUGCAAUGUUAUUGGAGUUGGCAUUAUUACACAAAAAGAUAUCACGAGGAUGAGAAAACCUAUAUUAAAAAUUCAAGACGACUAUUCGGAGGAAGACUCGGAUCACACAGUUAAUCAUACCCACAACAAAAGCAAAUUUGCAGAGAGCUACCUUCAAGAAUACUACCGUCAUUGGACACCGUUGGGCAUCGACUUCUUCUCGUGGUGCGUCAGCGAUUCACAUUUGCAAUGCUGCUCAGAGAACUCGCACACGACUGUGAAUAAUCAAGGAGACGGGUCUAAGUCCUGCCCAAACAUUUACGAUGAUUACCAAGCAUCUACAGUCAUCUCCUCGUGUGGAACAUCCUGCUGCAGCCAUUGUGGCCCAUGGGAAGAAGAACCGAAGAGGGAAGACCUUAUGACAAAAUUCUUCAGCAAAUUCCGAUCGAAAUGCAAAUCAGAACCUCCAAACAUCGGUUCUGCCAAAAGAAUCCUUCCAAAAGAUUCUUUGGAAGUUUUUAAACGGAGAAAAAUUUACGCAGCGAGCAACAAAUCUAACUGGGUAUGCUCUGACGAUAGACCGUACUCCAUUCCGAGUAUUGAAAGCAAAGGAGCUCAGGAUACGUUGACAGACUGCCCAAAAUUAAAGAAGACAUGUUACAAACCACCAGAGUCGAAGCCAAAGAAGAAAGUUUGUAGAAAACACGUCUCGUUGCAAGAUUGCGACACUAUGAAUGAAUCUUUAGCAGAACAGUUAGCUGAUAAAUGUCCACCAGGGAUAUUGUCGUUCAAGGGUGCCUCGAAAUGUGAUGUUUGUAAUAAAAAAGGCGGGGUGUGUCCGAAACACCCGAAAGUUAUUCCAGCGCCAACAUGUGCGAUUCCACCGCCAAACCAGCCUUGUAAGGAGCCGCCGAAAAAGCCUCCGUGUCCUUCGCCGCCGAUGUCACCAUGCCCAUCGCCACCUAAGUCACCUUGCCCAUCACCGCCUAGGUCACCUUGCCCGUCACCACCUAAGCCCCGGUGCCCGACACCACCUAAGCCUCAAUGCCCAUCACCACCUAUGUCACCAUGUCCAUCGCCUCCUCCAACGCCUCCCUGCGGCUCACCCAAGAGAUCUGAAGUGCGUAUCGCUUCACCCUGCGUUCCUAGUCCACCCUGCAUGCCUAGUCCUCCAUGCCCACCCAGAAAGCCAGCCAGAUGCGGUUCACCAUGCUCGCCGCCCAUACCGCCCUGUAAACAGAAAUCGCCACCGUGCACGCCGCAUAUGUCCAAACGAAAGCCUCCACCGUGUUCACCACCUCCCUGUCCAACUCCAAAAAGGAGGUCAUGCCCUCCAUCCCCACCUUGUCUAGCUCCGAAAAAGAGAUCAUGUCCCCCGUCUCCACCGACAUGUCCGCCGUCACCUCCACCUUGUCCGCCGUCGCCUCCACCUUGUCCGACCCCGAAAAGAAGACCUUGCCCUUCCCCGCCCCCUUGUCAAACUCCAAAAAAGAAACCUUGUCCCCACUCGCCUCCUAGAUGUCCUCCUUCACCACCUCCCUGCCCCACUCCGAAGAGGAAGCCUUGUCCUCACUCCCCACCAGUAUGUCCACCUUCACCUCCCCCUUGCCCCUCUCCUCCAAAAAAGAAACCCUGUCCCCAUUCGCCACCAUGUCCACCUACGCCUCCCCCUUGCCCCUCUCCCCCAAAAAAGAAACCCUGUCCCCAUUCACCGCCGUGUCCACCUUCGCCACCCCCUUGCCACACUCCAAAAAGAAAACCAUGUCCACAUUCACCACCACCAACUCCUCCUCCCUGUCCAACUCCAAGAAGAAAACCCUGUCCGCCUUUACCACCGAAAUGUCCUCCGUCACCGCCUUCCUGUCCGUCAACACCCCCUUCUUGCCCCCCAACGCCCCCUCCCUGUCCUUCGCCACCCAAAAGAAAAACAUCCCCACCUUGCCAAACGUCCCCACCCCCAUGCAAAGGCAAAGUCAUGCCCGGACCCAAGUCACAAUGCAAGAAAGCGUCACCCUCGCCGUCAUGUAGAAAUGCACCGAAGAAUAAAAAGAAGAAGUCACGGUCACCUUCGCCGUGCUCCCCACCACCUACACCGCCUUAUCAGUACGAUCCUUGUCCCCCUAGACCACCCCCUCCACCCCCUUGUCCACCUAAACCAAAACCCCCUUCCAGAUGUGACACUCCUCCCUGCACCCCACCUCCACCCCCGCUGCCGCCUUGCCCACCCCCGCCCCCGCCGCCCCGGCCCCUUUGCGAUGCCUGCAAAAAAUGCCCGAGCCAAGAAUUCCCGUGGCCGUUGAAAAAUCAAGUCUCAAACCAGUCUUUAGUCUCAGGAAACAUAUCCUUGGUAUCAACUUGCUCAGAGACUCCGUCAGUUCGUCCACCGUCACCACCUUGUCCAGAACCUAAAAUUGCUUUAGUACCUCCCGUUGAGGUAGCAAAGUGUAAGAAAGGAUGCUCAUUCCUCCCACCAGAAUGCCCCAAACCUAAACCUUGUCCACCACCUCCCUGCAAAUCACCACCAAGAGUAUCAGGUAUAUUCCUGAAAAUGAAGGCUUCGAAAAAAGUCUGCUCCAAAGAAUGCUCUGCUUGGGAGAGUCCUCCACAAUGUCCUGAAAAGAACAAUUCAGAGGACGACAUUACUAUCAACAUCAAGCACGGGACCGCUAGCACAGAAGAAAUAAGAGAAGGAUACAAUAUCAAGGUGCAAGACGAGGACGGAAGAACUUUAUACGAGAGAUGCGACUACCAAAAGAAACGACCAUCAAUUUUGAACGAUGUGUACAAAUCUAACCUUCAUCAUCAUGUCUCCACGUCUAUUGUACAGAAUAUGGCUAUGGAAGAAAAAAGCAAUACAGAUCUGCAAGAAGCUAAAAGUGAAACAAGUGUUGCUAAUUUAAUAGAAAUCAACUUUAAAUUAAAAGUAACUCAAGGAGAUAAAACUACUGAAAUUAAUAUCGGAAACGAUAAUGUUCCUGAAAAGCCUAAAAUAAAUACAAACGAUCAGAUUGGUCAAACAUCACAUGAAGUUUUCAUGUUGAAAGACCAGGCUGAACAAUGCACUGAAGAAGCUAAUGACAAAAAUGAUAUCAACAUCAAGAUUGUUAUAAAAAAUUACAAGCAAAAGAAAAAGAGUGAUAAGAAAUACAAUACUGAAGUGGAAGAGUUUACUCAAAAGAUAUCGGAAAAAUUCCAAACCGUGUCCACAGGUUAUAGUGAUCUCGCUCCUGAAGACUCGGAACAGAAAGAGAAAGUUGCACAUAUUGAGGAAAAAGCAGAAAACGUGUACUCUGUUCACAGAACAACUAUAAAUCUGAAUUCUUCGAAUGAGGUAUCCAAAACACAAAUGGCUAGCCAUGAAAAUGUUAGCGAAGAGUAUAUUGCAAGAGAACCUAUAGACCUAAUGGCUUCGUCACGUAGCGCUAUUGGAAAAUCUGGGACUGAGCAUUCUGAGAGCAAAAUAGAAGAUGCACCAAGUAGAAAGGGCAGUCAGGGCGAAAAUAUAGAAAGAAACUCAAAGGACAGGCCAAGCGCACGUUACUCCAUGACCGACACAGAUGACCAAGAAGUUGCAGCCGAUUUGGGCAAUAUCAGCGAUUUCAAUAGUGCUGAAAUGCUGGCUGAAUCUUUGACGAAGGAAGAGAAGAAAAAGUUACUGAAGAAGGUGUUUGAAAAGGCCAGUAAGAGCCGAAAAAUGAAGAACAAAGAAAAACUAAAACAAUUGAGAGAGAUGCUGAAAGUCAUUUUAACAUCGGACAGCAGUGAACAUGAAGAUAUGGCUGUGACCAGUAAUGACUUGGUAAAAGAAAUGACAUACGCGUCGUUGAAGCCCAACUAUUUUAGAGAUACAGAUAGUAUGAAUAAUUAUUACAAAAUUGACAGUUCUGUUAUAUCGUCCGCUAAAGAAAGUCAUACGAGGCCAAAUCUGAACUAUCCUACGGAAAAUAUCAGCCAGUGCAGUGUCAGAGAGAGUGAGGGUGCUUCUUCUGAUGAUGAUAAGGCAAAGCAAGGCUGCCUCUGCAGUACUUUGGCUGCUAGGUUGAAUAUGUGUAAAGCGAAUGACGUCAGUGGUGUCUGCUGCUGUAAGAAGCCGAAUAAAAUUGACGAAGAAACGUGUUGCGAUCUACGAACCGAGGAAGACUUCUUCCUUCUCAACUACAAGACCAUUGAAUACAUCGACGUUGAGACACAGAACUCUAAAUUUAUUUGCAGCAGUAAAAACUUUUCUGUGCACAGCCGAGCUAUAUCUGGGUCUAUUAGAAAUUGCAUCGAUGUCAAAACAGUGAGAGAUUCUGAUAUUUGCAGUCAGAAAGUUAAGAAAACAUUUUCGCCACAUGCAAGCCAUAUCCGACCAUGUGAGAUGAAGAAAUUGAACAGAAAUACUAUGUUGGGCUUGACAGAUGAAGAUAAAGUGUAUCUUCUGAAUGCAAAACCGACUAAAUUGUCGAUACGUCACAACGUGUCCAAAGUAUCACAGGAGAGGAGUCACGGGAAGCAUCGAAAGAAGUUUUUGGGGAAAUUUGAAAGACCGGCUGAUAUACUUCAGUGCUACGAAACGAAGAAGGCUGUUCUUGAGAUAUAUGCUGAGAAAACAUUGUCGGACGAAGGCGAACAUUUGGUUGCGAAGCUCCCUAAAUUCGUUAUAAAUAAAGAGAGUGAACUGGAGAAGAACUAUGAGGAAUACGCGGAAUCGUAUCGGGAUAUGCACAGAAAUUAUGUCACGUCUGUUAAUCGGUAGGUUUUUGAUC